AUGACUUGGAUGUUUGACUUAAUCGGUGGGCCAUCAUCCUCGGUCAUCAAACCGGCGCAGUUGCAAAGGAAAAACGGAAGCGGAAAUAUAAGAAAAGAGAAGCCAUUAUUACGUUUAUGUGAUGAUGGAACAAAAUCCAUUUCGACUAUACUUUCUAAUCCGGAUUAUCUGGUACCACUGCGACUUCUUUCAUCAUUGAAAAUCCCAAAGAUUUGUCCUCUUAGCACUAUCACAUCAUCUUCGUCGGAGGACGCUUGGGAUUCGGUUCCACGAUGCAACAGAUGUCGGCAACAUUUUCACGAUGGCGAAUUCUACGUAGUUCUGGAAGGAACUGCUUGGCAUCAGGAAUGCUUCCGUUGUGCCCAAUGUUUGCUGCCGAUUUCACUUGAUGACGAUUAUUUCGAGAUGGAUGGUAGAUACUACUGUCGACACGAUUUCAACGUUCUCUAUGCGCCAAUAUGUGCAAAAUGCAAUUCAUUUGUCUUCGGAAAAGUUAUGCGGUCAGCUAACAACUCAUUUCAUCCGGAAUGCUUCACAUGCGAAAACUGUGAGGGAAGUCUUGACUAUGGUGUGUGGUGUGUGAAUGGAAGGAUGUCAUGCUACAAUUGCAAAGAGAUGUCCCCGAAAUCUCGUCAUUACGUUUGCAUGAAGUGUCGUCAAUCGAUUGUCGAGGAGGAUCUUUUACGAAUCGAUAACUAUUUUUUCCACGCCUAUCAUUUCUCAUGUGCUGAUUGCAAGACUGCGUUGACCGGCGCAGCAAGACAACUGGAAAAAGAAUGGUUUUGUGCACGAUGUUUUGAUCUACGUUGUGAAAUUUGUGCCGGAUGUCAUAAACCAAUUGACAAGGAGAAUGAGAGAAGUACAUUAGCGUUGGGGAAAUAUUUUCACGUUGAGCAUUUCCGUUGUGCGAAAUGUGAUGUCGCAUUUAUGGGAACGAAACACUACGAAUGGAAUGGGAAAGCGUAUUGUAAAGAAGACAUGAUGAUGCUCUGCGGUGAGUUCUGCUAUCGAUGUAACCGGUUCCUUACCGCUACAAGUAUCAAUAUCCUUGGAAAGAAAUGGUGUGUUGAUUGCUAUCGAUGUUUGUCAUGUGACCGAGUAUUGAAACAUAGUGAACACAUCUUUAAUCUUGAUAUGCGACCGAUGUGCAAAAAAUGUUUCCGACGAAAGGAUUUUCGACAAUAUCUGAAAGAAGAAACUCAUCAUUAA